AUGGGUUCAACAAAGUUUGGAAACUUUGAUAUCCUCUGCAGGGAUACCACCCUCCCCAUCUGCAAUCUCAUCUCUCCCUUCCAUAACCAGACAGGUCCCUGGGAUGGCUGCUCACUGAAGGGUAUCCCGCUCUCUGGCGGGAGGCAUUUGGGCAACUUGGGUACCAUCUUGCUUUGUGGCGCUGCAAUUGCUACCACAAUCAAGCUGCUGGUACGCUCAGAAAGGAAGAGGGCAGCUGUUGGGAGGAGUGCCAUUCACAUUGGUGCCAUUGCAGCAACAACGUGGAUCCUCUUCAUUAAUGCAGUCAUUGGCUACCAAUUAAUGGAUGAUGGUACACCCCUGUCUGUCUUCCUGACUGGCGGUUCUGGUCUGGUGUUCCUGAUCGGCGUCGGCUACAUUGCACUUGAUACCGGCUUCCAGUUCACCGACUUCUGGAAUGACAGCUACAACUCACCCAACCGGCACAUUGCGCUCUACGUGCUCUACCUGAUUGUACCUCUCCUCUGGAUCGUCCUCUAUGUCGUGCUCGAGUCGUACCUCGUGCUCAAGAUCCUGGGUGAGAUCAGGCCGAUGUUCUUCCUGCUCGGCUCAGCUUUCUUUUUUGCCGCUGGCCAGGUUUUCAACUUCGCAGUCAGCAGUCACAUCUGUGAGGGCACAUCGGGUAGAAUCGACGGCUCGCUCUUUCAGACCUUCUUCACCCUUUUGUCGGUGGUUGCGGUAUGGCUCUUCUGGUCAGAAAUCACCGAGGACGACUGGCAAGACAACAUCACACCUUAUCCCUGA